AUGAAUCAUCAAACCUAUUCUGCUCCAACUCAAGCCGUCGCAGCCAACUCUCAUUUGAUCUACUCGACAGAACAAGGAGGAGCAGUUUCACCAAUACCCCAAAAAACGAUUGGAAGUAUCGCUGAUUAUGAUCCAAUGAAUGGGCAAUGGGGAACGGCUGCGAAUCAACCAAGAAAUUCCGAAAAAUUGGGAUAUUUGAAGAAUCAAGUGGAUAAAGGACCAGCAAGAUUUUGUGCGGAUUUUGCAGGAGCUCCACCGUCUUCCGUCUCUUCAACAUCCCCUCAUUCGACACUUUCCUCCCCGCAAAGCGCUGUUUCGCCAACUGGAAAAGCUGGUUUCGCUGUAAAAGCGAUUUAUGAUUAUUCUGCUGCUGAUAAAGAUGAGAUUUCCUUCCUAGAAGGCGAUAUUAUUGUGAAUUGCGAAAAGAUUGACGAUGGAUGGAUGACUGGAACAGUUCAAAGAACGCUUCAAUGGGGAAUGCUUCCAGCUAAUUAUGUCCAGCCUCACAAACUUCCAACUGGACUUCACAGACUUUCCUAA